CGUGUUUUUUUUGAGGGCAAGUGUGCGAGUUAGCUGUGAGUCACGGGUUAAGUCCCUUCAAAAGUGGGACUGACACAACUGGCUGCUCCGUCUGACCGACCGAGUGUGUGAACUGUGUCCCGGGUGAGGCGCCCUUCUUCGAUGGUUUUUUGUGCCCCGCUGCGGGUCACUGGUGGUAUUUCAGAGUCCUUCUGACAGAACAAUCUUAUAUAUGGUACUCUGCCAAUGCUGUAGCUGCUGAAGAACUUAAAAAACCAGAGACAGAAGGAGGGAGCCAUGUCGAACAGCCCGUCUGACAGCUGCACGGGCGGCCAGGCUUCUUCUUUUAUUCUGGAGAGCAACUUCUCCACAGAACUCCAUAUAUCUGAACCAAACGAUGGGUGCUCCCAGUCACAAAGCUGUGAAAAUUCAAAUCUGCAGGGAGAUGAGGUUGACAAGAUGGUGGUGCCUCAGCAGGUGGUUCUCAGCACCCAGAGUCCUGCAGCACUGAAGGUUGGCACCCAACAACUCAUCCCCAAAAAUUUGGCUGUGGCCAGCCGGCCUAAAAACCGUUACCACACAACUGUGGUGACAUUCCCAUUGGGACUGGAGAACUCCAGCAGUGGGAUCAGGAGUCGUCACUCAACCCAGGGUCCAGAUUUGUCCUGGGAGGACUAUGACAGUGAUGGAGAUGGUUUUUCUUUGAGGAGCAACCGCAGGAACAAAUCGUACAGAGCGGCUGUGACCAGCCUGGACAUUGAAGCCAUGGCUGCGGGACAAGGGACUACAUCCCAACUGAAACCUGUCAGAGAGGACAGGGCACCAAGUCCGAGUCCAGCUCGCAGCCCUACACGCAAGAGAACUCUGGGAAGAAAGAGGAACCAGAAGAAGCGCGGCUCCUUCAAAGAUGCUACACCGUGCCUCUACCAGGAGAUUCGAGAGAGAGGCCUACAUUCCACCAACCAGGAUGAGCUUCUAGAUGACUUUGUGGUUGUGGAGCCUCCCGUAGAGGACCAGGGCAUUGUGGUCCAGAGCUACCGACCUGCACAGCUCACCUGGAGUCAGCUUCCACAGGUGAAGGAGACAGGUAUCCUGACAUUGAUCUCACCUCAGGAGCGAAAGAGACAAGAGGCCAUCUUUGAGAUCAUCACAUCGGAGCACUCGUACCUGCACAGCCUGGGUAUCCUGGUGCGGCACUUCAAGAGUAGCGAAGCCUUGAAGAAGACGAUGACUGCCACAGAGCACCAUCACCUUUUCUCUAACAUCUCUGUCAUCCACCAAGUCAGCAAACGGUUUUUUGAGGAUCUUGAACGGCGUCACUAUGACAACCCAGUUAUCCGGGACAUUAGUGAUAUUGUUCAGAACCACGCUGCCCACCACUUUGAGCCCUACAUUGUGUACUGCUCCAACGAGACCUUUCAGCAGAGGACGCUGCAGAAGCUGCUGACCAGUAACACUGCUUUUAAAGAGACCCUGAAGCAAAUAGAAGGGAGCGCCGAAUGUGGAAGCCUGCCCAUGAUCUCUUUCCUCAUCCUUCCGAUGCAGCGAGUCACCAGGCUGCCCCUGCUGCUGGAUACAAUUUGCCAGAAAACUCCAGACAAGACAGCAGAAUACUUUGCUGCUGUUUGGGCACUGCACGCCAUCAGCAAGUUGGUUGCCAGCUGCAAUGAUGGGGCUAGGCGAAUGGAAAGGACAGAGCAGAUGUACACUAUCCAGAAACAGAUGGAUUUUGGUAGAAUUAAGCCAUUUCCUCUGGUGUCAUCAUCACGGUGGCUGAAGAAGCGGGGUGAGCUUGCUGUCAGUAGUGAAGAGCUCAGCAUCUGGAGGGCUUUCAGCAACAAGAGCUACUACCUGUUUCUCUUCAAUGACGUACUGAUUGUCACAAGGAAGAAGAGUGAGGAGAGCUUUGUGGUGAUGGACUACGCCACAGCAGAGAAUGUGGAGGUGGAGGUUGGUGAGGAUGCAGAAGGACGGUCGCCUACGCCUUCCAAGAACAGCCACUUUCUUUCCUUCAGACUGCGAAUGAGCAAGAAUAGUGAAGGGAGAGCAGAGCAUAUCUCCCUGGUGGCCGAGUCCAGGGUGGACCGGGCACGUUGGACAGUUGCUCUUUCUGAACACAAGGAGACGGGUGUCUCCACUCCAACAGCUGGUCAGCCACAAUACGAAGCCUCAAAAGCAUACAUGCCAAAGGAACCAGAUGAGUUGGGGCUGCAACAGGCUGAGCUUGUCAUUGUCCUGCUAAAGGAAGAAGCCUGGUGUUAUGGGGAGAGAAUGCGUGAUGGAGAGAGAGGCUGGUUUCCUGCCGGCUGUGCAACAGAGAUUACCAACCCUACUGCCAUGGAGAACAACGUGCAACGCAUGAAACGCCUGCGCAGAGAAACUAAUGUGUGAGCAACUCAAUUGCUUGACUCUCAGACAGGAAAAUAAAAUAAAACACCUUCAGGUAGAAUGGUGAAACUUAUGUUAGGUUUCAGUUCAACUUCACUGCUGGUAAAUCAUAAUGAACAUUAGUGGUCCAGAUUAACAUUACUGAAGCCUGAAAUACAUGAAUCAUGGUAGGAAAAGUCAGAAUGUCCUGGAAACCUAAAAUGAAUACAAUUUAACCAUAAAGUUUCUACUUUACCCAAUGGUUGGGAUAGUUGUCAAUUUAUCUUAAAACAAUUAUUUUAAAAUACUCCUUAGGUUAAAUGAACUGUUAAUUUGGCAACAAAGAUUCAUUACUUUUGUAAAUUAAACGUGUUUUUACCCUUUAUGUGCAGCCAAUAAAGAACAGACAUCUGAAAUAGCAGGGUAGUUGGUUUAGCUGUACAUAUGAAUUUUUACUUUUUGAACUAAAAUAUUAACUACAGGUGAAGCGCAGGAAUUUGAGAUCUUCAGUUGGUCUACUUUCACCAUGUCUGCAAAAUAAUAUUCAAGUGUAUUAUAUACACUUGCUGCCACGAGUCACUUAACCUCAGGAUUAUGAACUUAAACAAAUGUUGGUUACAUUUCUUGUAGAGUAACAUUGUUGUUGCAUGAUGCUUUGUUUGGUAGUGUUUGGUUAUGUUAGUAAAAAAAAUGUCAAUUUAUCUAUCAACAUUUUGGUAAAAUGUUUGCAAUUUAAAAUGCAUAUUUUUUAAUUGUACCAAUGUCCAGUAAGGUUUUAUUAAAUAACAAGUACAGCAUUACACAAUCUUGUAGUUGUCUAAAUGUAUCUAUAAAUACUUUGUCAAAUUCUGUGAUUUUGUAAUAGUUUAGCAACCGUGUAACAAAGAUUAAAGACACAACUUGAGACUUUU